AUGACAGCCAUUGAAUACCAACGAAACAUCCGUCGGUGUCGAUCAUCUCCCAAUCACAGUCGGAGUUGGUCCGAGCUCCUUCGCCCCACAUUCAGGCGUCUCCUCCAUAGUGAAGUGACUGUGCACUAUAAGUCCGCCCCCCAGGAGAUUUUCCUGGGGAAUUCCCGCCCGAGCAGGAAGGGAACUCCCGCUCCAGCAGGAGGUUCCUCUGCAAGUGCGGGAGGAUUUGCUGCCAAGGCAGGAAAUCCCGAAGUCUCGUCCCUCUGCUCCCCAUACACCUCGCGGGAGAUUUUCCUGGGGAAAUCUGCCGUUUUACUGCGGGAUUUCCGCCAGCGCAGGUGCAGGACCUGCCUACCCAGGAGGCUGGAACACGGUGCACCCGGGGGAGCGGGUUCUCAUCGACCUGCGGGAGCAGGCGGACUGCAAGGACAGUAUGUAUUAAUGUCAGUGGAGUCAUCGAUCUCUUUGGUGGUGAUUAGAUUAUUUACUUACGUAGAUACUCGGACCUAUGAGAAAAAAAAGAGGAUAAACGAGAAGGCUAGAGGAAUCAAGGUCUCAGACGACGAACCAUGGGUACCAGGGUGGAAUAAGCGCACCUGA